AAUCGAGUCGUUGAUUAAGUAUUGCUACCUCGUCAAACUUAUCACCUUCAGUCCACACCUUUCUCGCAUUCUCCUAACUGAAAAAAAUGGCCAACUCAAAACCUAUCGAUUGCUUUUCAGCCAUUCCCCUUGCGCCACCUGACGCCAUCUUUCAACUUACUGCCGCAUACAAAGCUGAUACCUUUGAUAAAAAGGUUAACUUGGGUGUAGGCGCUUACCGGGAUGAUUCUGGUAAACCAUGGGUACUUCCGGUAGUCAAAAAAGUCAAGCAAGCUUUAGCAGAUGAUGAAACUCUCGAUCAUGAAUAUCAACCUAUCACCGGCAUUCCUAGUUUUGUCUCGGCCAGCGCUGCCUUGAUCUUGGGAAAGGAUAGUAAGGCAUUGCAAGAGAAGAGAGUCGCCACAGCGCAGACUAUCUCGGGAACUGGUGCUAAUCAUCUAGGUGGACUCUUCUUGGCCAAGUUUUACGAACCAUGGCAAUCAAAACCGGCCAGUGAACGAGUAGUUUAUCUUUCCAAUCCAACUUGGGCAAACCACAAGGCCAUCUUUGCAAAUAUCGGACUUACCACCAAGGAUUACCCGUAUUACAAUCCUAAAACUAUUGGCUUGGAUUACGAUGGCUUUCUCAAGUCCUUAGACACUGCACCACACGCGUCUGUCUUUUUGCUUCACGCGUGUGCACAUAACCCGACUGGUGUAGAUCCGACUCGAGAACAAUGGGCACAAAUCGCGGACGUUUUCUUGGCCAAGGGUCAUUAUGCGUUUUUCGAUUGUGCUUACCAAGGUUUCGCGUCUGGAAACCUCGAUAAUGAUGCAUGGGCAGUCCGAUACUUUGUGGAUCGUAAAGUGCCUUUGUUAGUUUGUCAGAGCUUUGCGAAGAAUGCGGGGUUGUAUGGGGAACGAAUAGGAUGUUUGGGUGUGGUAUGUAAGUCAGAGGAAGAGACUUCACGCGUUCAAAGUCAGAUUAGUGUACUACAAAGAAGUGAAAUCUCGAACCCGCCAGCCUAUGGUGCCCGAAUCGUAUCAAGUAUCUUGAAUGAUUCCAAUAAUUUUGAGCAAUGGAAAAAGGAUGUUAAAACAAUGGCGGAUCGAAUUAUUACUAUGCGUCAAACUUUACGUAAACUACUAGAGGAGAAACAUCAGACACCUGGAUCAUGGGAUCAUAUCACUCGUCAGAUUGGAAUGUUCUCGUUUACUGGACUUACACCCGAACAAGUGACUGCGAUGGUCAAUAAGGGACAUAUCUACAUGACUGGAAAUGGUCGGAUUUCUAUGGCAGGUUUGAAUAAUAACAAUGUGGAAUAUGUAGCGGAAUGUAUGGAUAAAGCCGUACGAAGUAAACUUUGAAAUGUAGUGAGGGUUAGAGGAUGUAAGAAGCAUUCCAAUGAGUUUUUUUCAAAUAACUUGAAAGGUAAGAAUCAAAAGUAAAAGGUUUGGCCAUCAUUAUAAUUUCAGCAGAUAAAGAAAUCUCAACUUUAUCACCCCAAAUAAAAAUAAAAAUAUAUAUAAAUUCAAUGUUGUUUUUACAAAGUUUUGAUUAUUUUUUUUGAGAAGGGAAUGUGUGUUGUUGAUUUAUCAAAGGGUAUAAUUAGAUUAUUCUUAAAUUUUCUUUUGUAUCAAAGGAUUUUAAAUGUAUGAGAGUGCUUCAUGAUAUUUUUAGUAUUUUGAGGAAUGUGUUUUGAUUUUGAAGUUUGAAUGAUUUCUUUUCAUUAUCCCCUCUCUUUAAAGUUUGAUAAACUGAUCUGUGGUACUACUAUGUAGUAAUUCAAAUUAAGAUUACUUUAAA